UCCGCCCUUUUCCCGCCCUCGCUGUCGGUCGGCGGAGUCGGGCAGUAGCAGCUGACCGAUGGAAGCGUUCGGAGUGGUUUCUUCCGCACACGGCCCCGCAGUCCUCGCGCUCGUGCGUGUCCGCGUAAGCUCGUGCGGUUCCUCGGCCGGGGUCCGUCGAUCGCGUCACGUCGGUCGGCGUGCGUCGCGUCGCGUCGCGUGUGACCCGAGAGCGUAAAGCCGGCGCCGCGGCGGAACGGAGGAAUCCGCGAGGACGCCGCAUCUUCCACGUCGAUUGUGAAACUAGUGAAAGGCGCGCGCGACACGCGGGACGACGACGACGAGGAGGAGGAGGAGGACGACGACGUGGACGAGGACGACGCUGCUGCCUGACGACGACGGGUCACGGGUGGAAUUGGCCCACGGUCAGCGGAAAACGCACGCCAACGCCGGGUGACUAUUAAAGCGUCGUUGAUCACCCGUGGCGAGGAACAUAUUCUGUCCUAAGAUUAAACGACCCAGUGGAAGCCGUGCGUCCAACGAGGGAGCUCGAGGGAGGAUUCGGAGACGUUCAGACGCUAAGGUCCCUAAGACUGGGAUUAGAUGGGUGAUUGCAGAUACCGAGGAGGACGCAGCGCUGUGAGAGCACAAGUUUGGAGACAAGAUACAAUGAGGUAGUAGACUGUUCGCGGAGCACCUGGUGAGAGGCGGUUUCAGCGCGACGGGCGAUAAUGUUGCUGUCGAGCCGCAGCGGCCGAAAGGGGCCCAUCGCCUGCCUGGUGGGCCUCCUCCUCAUCUUCGCUCUUUACCAGCUGGGCAUUAUUUGCGGCUCCACCAGGUACAUGCCCACGGCUGUGAUGGUCAGCAAGGAGAAAUACGUGAUCGGGCCGUUUGAUCGCAAGACGUACACAUACGACCGUUAUAUGCCGCUCAUUUUCAUCGGUGGCGUACCACGAUCAGGUACAACCCUAAUGCGUGCCAUGCUGGACGCGCACCCUGACGUGAGGUGCGGGCAAGAGACCAGAGUUAUACCGCGGAUUCUCCAGAUGAAGAUGCACUGGUCCAAGUCCGAGAAGGAAAACGUACGGCUCACCGAGGCGGGGAUCUCGAAAGAGGUGAUAGACAGCGCGAUAGCGGCGUUCUGCUUGGAAAUAAUAGCGCGACACGCCGAGCCCGCGCCGAGGUUGUGCAACAAGGAUCCACUCACCCUGAAGAUGGGCUCGUACAUCCUCGAGCUCUUCCCGAACGCAAAAUUUAUAUUCAUGGUGCGCGACGGACGCGCGACGGUGCAUUCCAUCAUAUCCAGGAAGGUCACCAUAACGGGAUUCGACUUAUCGUCUUACCGGCAGUCUCUCAUCAGGUGGAAUCACGCAAUUUCCGUAAUGUACGGCCAAUGCAAGGAACUGGGACCUGAGAGAUGUCUGAUGGUCCCUUACGAGCAGCUGGUGCUGCAUCCGCGCCAAUGGAUGAAGAAGAUAUUAAACUAUCUGGACGUGCCGUGGAACGAGUCCGUCAUGCAUCACGAGGAAUUCAUUAACAAACCCGGCGGAGUGCCUCUGAGCAAGGUCGAGAGGUCGUCGGACCAAAUCAUAAAGCCUGUAAAUCUGGCGGCGCUGACCAAAUGGGUCGGUAACAUUCCCGAGGACGUGGUGAGAGAGAUGGCGGACAUCGCGCCGAUGCUCUCCGUGCUCGGCUACGAUCCUUAUGCGAAUCCGCCCGUUUAUGGCGCACCGGACAGUUUAGUUAGCGACAACACCAGACGGGUGCUGGCCGGCGAAAAACUGUGGGAGGAAAAGGCGCGGGCGUACCACCUAUCGCAUAGGCCGAUCGAGAACAGCAACGAGGAAGCUGCCUCCAGCACAGCUCCAAUCGCGUGACCCCGCGUGAUUCUCAUAGGCGCGAGCGACACGUAACCGACUACCAUCCUAAGUCUUAUCGAUUUAGGAUUUCCGUAUAUGCGGAGACCACUCCCUUGUACUUUCAAAGUAAACUCGGUCUCACACGACGGCGAGUCGUGUCGUGAAUUAAUCGCCCUUGUCGUAUUUUCUCAGUCUCCUCCGUUAUCGCAGCCCGACGACGAUAGAUUAAUCGAUUAUUCCGACGCUUAUUUAUGCGCAUCAGGAUCUUCACGAAACCAGAUGACGUAAUAUACUAGGCCGUGACUAGAAAAUAGGGUGCAUCAGAAAUAAGCGGCCAAACUUCGAGAGACGUGCUACUGCUCCAGUAUUAUUUGACACGCGUCAUCGAUGUCGAGCGUUUCAUCUGCGAUACACGGUCUCUAGAAUGAAAAGAAGAGGAAGGUUCAUUCUGAGAUUAAACUUCUAUGAACUUUCUCGGCGUUCUCGCAAUAGUCUACCGCACAGACGGUAACUGUAGGAGCGAAGUAUCUACAACUCAAAGAGAGAGGAAAAGAAACGUUUCUACAUAUAUAACCGUACUUUUUCUUUCCGCAGGACAAGUAAAAUAAAUUCCGAAUGUUUGCUCGUUUAUUUCUGAAAUAUUCUGUGGGCGUGUUCCCACUUCCUCUCGAUACUACUUCACAGUAUUCCCAAUAGUUUCGAGCAGUCUAAAAAAAAGUGUGAAUGGUUGCAGUUAGAAAAGAAUAACUGCUAUGUUAUUACGAAGGAUACUGAGGUUCCAUUUCAUUCAGUAAUAGCGUCCAGUACUGGCAGUAGUACUGAAAGAAAGUGAGAACAUACCCUGUAUAUUACCGCGAUAACUAUAUAAUAGUCAUAGUAAUAUUUUUAAUAGUAAAACAUCAAUUUAAACGUUUGGUGCAAGAACGAUGCAAAGUCUUAUUUUAUAUAUUUUAUAUCAAAAAUGAAUUUUACAGUGGAACUUAUUGCUGUAAACUCAUUGUUAAAUUGAUCUUUUUAUUUUUUUAUAAUGCUGUUUACAAAUUUGUUAGGUUUAAAUUGAAAAGUGGGGAAAAAAUUCAAAAGAGAACUUUUUAUUGUCACCGAGUGACAAUUUUUUUAUCCAUAAACAGCCGGCAUUGCAAAUAUCGUUGCGAGAUAUACUCCAAAUUGACGGUACCAUAAUUGUCUACUACCUAUGGUCACCGAGAACAAUAACGAGUGAGUUGCGAUUAAACUUCGAACAUUGUGUGUUAUGGUGGAUCGGACCUUAUAAUAGAAGUUAUCAUUUCAGCAAGUUGAAUUCUAUAGCGAUAGAAAAAUACAAAGAACGACCUUUUCCAAUUGUCACAUGGUCACGUCAAAUGUUGUAUUACGUAGUAUAUGGGAAUCAUUUUCGUGUACUCGUAGAGAGCUAAGUUUUACGAAAUCGGGUUCGGCCUUCUCUUAUUAAACGACAUCGACCAACAACGGCCAGUGAUUUUAAAGAGAAGCAUUUAGAGUAUUUAAAAGAGAAGAAAGAGAAACUGCAGAUGCGCAAAGGACGAGGGGUAUGAAAACUUUUCUCUUUUCUUCCCCUCGUGAAUCUCCGGUUGGUCGGUUUAGGAGGAUAUAAUCCAGCGCGAAGUUCUAGAAGCAUUCAAUGUUAAAUGCGGUUAUUCGAUACAUGGGGCAAAAUAAUGCAAAAACAAGUUAGCCAAAGUAAUUUUGAAUAAAUUAAAUCUAAAAACCUGAGUUUUAUGUUGCUGACACAGCAGUGUGCGCUAAGUGCACACAAGUUAAAUUUAUUCUUUUUGUUUAAUAUUCUAGGUAAACUCAUUCAUGCAUAACGCCACCCAAUUAACAUAUAACAUGACUACAAAGUUCGCGUACUGGCGUUUUUAUCCUCCGUACCUCUACCGUAUCAUUUUCGUACCACUUAUUAUAACGAAUUCGCGUAAAAUAAAAUUUUUCAUGUUCGCCAUAUUUUUUAGAUAGUAUAGUUUAUCCAUGGCGUUUUUUAAGUAGACCAUUUUCGGUCAAUAUCUAUUUAAAAAAAAAUUGCAAAUAUAUUUCUGAUAUAAUAUUAGAAAUUAAUAUUGGAUUGGUGCCAAAUCUUGGUCAUCAAAUAAAGUUAAAACUUCAGUUAAAAAAUUUUAUUUCCAUUAAUUGAGAAGCGUUUCGUAAAAUUGAAGAUGUUAUUGUCUUUCAAACAAUUCAAUAUUCUUCAAUCUUUCGUUAAAACAGUUUAAUAAAAAGAUGACAAAGCUUUCGAACCAAUCUGAUAUUUAUGUAAGUGUAAAUAGUAUCCGUGAGCUCAACCGUGAGUUGAUUGCGGCACAUUUUUGUUGUUCAUGGAUUCUGAUGGUUAUAUUAUAAUUUCAGACGACGCCGUUAUGAUUGCAAGCGGCAACAGACAUGCAUAGGUUUGUCAAAAUCUUAUUGUCGAAUUGUGCAAUUAAAUUAUUUUAAUAUUA